AUGUUGAAGACUUUAACUGUACAAGCAGUUAAUAGUAAGUUAUCAGAUAUAAUUGAAAAUUCUAAAGGAUCUUUAGAUGUUGAUGAAGUUUUAACAUACUGUGAGAUCUUAAGAUCAAAGAUCAUUGCUAAAGAUCAAGAGAAUGGAACUUCUAAACAAGAUAGUGCUAAUUCCAAGCAAGAUAAAGUUAAUCUGAUAGUUGUUUUACCUAAAUUAAUUGAAUGUUUAAUCAAAUUGAACUUAAUUGGUGAAUAUAAUAAGACCAUUGAUUUCACUCAAAUAUUCGAUUUCACAUUAUUUUCAUCAUUAUUUUCAAUUUUAAGUAAGAAGAUUUCUAAUGAUAUUUAUAAACCAGUGUUAGAUUUAGUUAAAAUUUUAAUAAGUGGGAUUUUAUUUAAUCCUAAAAGUGAUUCAAUUGAUAAGUAUUUACCAUUAUAUGAAAGUUUGAUCAAUAAAUUAGAUGUCAUUGAUAUAAUGUCAGCAAAGAUCUAUUCUCAAGAUAAUAAAAUUACUUUAACAACUAUAAAGAUCGUUAAUGAUUUAAUUGUCAAAGCAUUAAAAUUUGAAUUUAAUGGAAUAAUAACAUUAGCUGGAAGAUUAAAACAUGUAGGAAUAUUUAAUAUCAUUGGAAAUUUAAUUGAAACUUCGAAUUCCAGCAUUUUAAAUGCAAUUGAAGAUUUAAAAACGAGUUAUUAUAGAUUAAAUGAAUUCUUAAAUAGAACUAAAUUCGAUUUAUCCAUAAAAAGUCAUAGAGUUAUGUUAGAUAAUUUAUUUGCUAUAUUAGAAUUCAAUUUAAAUGAAUAUGGUACUCAAGCAACAACAGAAGAAUAUAUCAAAGCUGGUUUCACUGAUAAUCCCAAAAGAUUUGUUGUUGAUAAUUUCACUAUUUUAUUAGCUAUGGAUUUAAAAAUCUUCUUAAAAGAUAGUAAUAUGACAUUCAAGAAGAAAUUUCAUGAAGAAUUAAUGAUGAGUGAUCAUAAUAGAACUUUCCCAUUAUGUGCAUUUAUUGAUAAAUGUACUGAUUUAUGGAUUGAUAUUUUCCAUAGUAAAAAUUUGUACCCCAACAUUUUCGUUAACAUUUUAAGUUGGGAAUUAAUGAUUUUUUAUACAAUGAAUUCAUGUCUUACAUUAUGGCAAGAAACUAAUUCAAAAUUACAAAAUAUCGAAGAUAUUGAAAAGAUCAUGUUAUUAAUCAAAGAUAAUAUAGAUUUAAUUGAAAAUGAUUUAAUGAUUGGAGAGAAAAAUAUCGAAGACUGUCUUGAUUUAUCAAAUUAUUUAAUGUUAAGAACAAAUCAAAUUUCAAAUUUGAAAUUAAAAGAAAGUUCCAAUUGGAAUCUUAGUUUAAAUGAAUUUAAUAAAAAUUUAAGUUUAGAAGUAAUGGAUUUUGUUUGUGAACAAAGAGUUAUUCAAUUAUUAAAAGGUUCAUGGGUUUAUACUGAAAGUUUUGGGGAAAUUUUAAUGAAACAACAAAGUAAAAAAUUAUCUAGUUCCAUGAUACCUAAUACUUCAAAAUAUUAUUUCAUCUUGUUAUCACCAAAUAGACAAUAUUUAUAUUAUAAAGAAUUUAGUGAAAAGACUUUAGUUAAACCAAAUUAUGAAGAAAUGGAACAACAAUCAAUAAAAUUGUCUGAUAUAAUUGAUUUCAAAUCCAUUAAAAUAGGUGAUCAAAUUGGUGAAGAAGAUAAACGUAAAAAUUCAAGAUUAAUUUCAAUUAAGGGAACAAUUUCUUAUGAAAAAAUCACAUUAUUGGGUUCAAAUAACAAGAAAUUAUUGGGUUUUUAUACUGAUACUGAAGUCAAUAAAUACGUUUGGUUAGAUGGUUUGAAAAUGUUAAAAAUGAUGAUAAAACCCGGUCAAUUAUCACUUGAAACUGAAAAACAAUUAGAUACUUUAGUUGACAUUAGAAGAAAUACUCAAUUAUUAAAUUUAAAUGAAGUUACUCCUGUUAAUGAUGAUUCCGAUGAGGAUGAAUAUUAUGACAUUAAUGAACUUGUCGAUAUCAGUGAUAACUUCCAUUACAGUUAA